AUGGCAUUCACCACCCGCGUUGUUGGCCAGCCCGACACCCUCGAGUACCGUGUCUUCAUCGAGAAGGACGGCAAGCCUGUCUCGCCCUUCCACGACAUUCCUCUUUUCGCCGAUGAGGCCAACCGCAUUUUCAACAUGGUCGUCGAGAUUCCUCGCUGGACCAAUGCCAAGAUGGAGAUCAGCAAGGAGGAUGCGCUGAACCCCAUCAAGCAGGACAUCAAGAAGGGCAAGCUGAGAUACGUGCGCAACGCCUUCCCCCACCACGGCUACAUCUGGAACUACGGCGCUUUCCCCCAGACCUGGGAGGACCCCAACCAGACCAACAGCGACACCAAGUGCAUUGGCGAUAACGACCCCGUCGAUGUCUGCGAGAUUGGUGAGGCCAUCGGCUACAUCGGCCAGGUCAAGCAGGUGAAGAUCCUGGGCGUCAUGGCUCUGAUUGACGAGGGCGAGACCGACUGGAAGGUCUUGGCCAUCGACGUCAAUGACCCCCUGGCCUCCAAGAUGAACGAUGUCGAGGACAUCGAGCGCUACAUGCCCGGCCUUCUGCACGCCACCAACGAGUGGUUCCGCAUCUACAAGAUCCCCGAUGGCAAGCCUGAGAACCAGUUUGCAUUUGGCGGCGAGGCUAAGCCCAAGGCUUAUGCCAACGAGGUUGUCAAGGAGACCGCCGAGGCCUGGGCCGAUCUUAUCAGCGGCAAAACCAAUAGCGGAAAGAUCGCUCUUGCCAACACCCUUCUCGCCAACUCGAGCACUAUCUCCGAGACCAACGCUGAGGAGAUUGUCGCCAGCGGCAUUAGAAAGGAUGCCCCGGUUAUUGACCAGACUCUGCACAAGUGGUUCUUCAUCUCGGGAUCCAAGAUCUAA